UUUGAAUGGUAGAUUUACGGCAUAUUCAUUAAGAAUUGGUGACAUCACUGCAACCAUGAAUGGUACUUUGAGCCUAUCACAAAUUAGAGCAGCUGGUGUAGGAUUUGGUGAAGGGAGUACAGCUAAAUGGAUGCUACUGCAACGUGUUUUUGGCAAAUCGUUGACGAAACUAGAGAUUUUGGUUGACAUAGCCUUGAUACCUAGCGCAGGUAAAACCCAUCGACAGAAAAUUUUGCGGGAUGGGAUUCCUGAUUACCGGGGAGUUGAACAAUUCUCUGCAAUGGUAUUUUUGAUCACGAAACUUUUACAUUUUUAA